UGUUUCUCUGUUUUCUUUAUUUAUUUUGUAAUAUAUAAUUUUAAAUUGUCUAAUAACACUGGUAAUUGAUUAUAUACAAUGUAAUGUUGUAAUCGAAGCGAAUAAGGUGGUGUGUUAUGCUCAUCCAGAUGCUCCGCUUAUUGAGGAUUAUCGAGCGGGUGACAUGAUAUGCUCUGAAUGCGGUCUCGUUGUUGGUGACAGAGUCAUAGAUGUGGGUUCAGAAUGGCGUACAUUCAGCAAUGAAAAAUCAGGUGUUGAUCCAUCUCGUGUUGGUGGACCUGAAAAUCCACUACUUUCUGGGGGUGAUUUGUCUACUAUAAUUGGUCCUGGCCGGGGUGAUGCUUCAUUUGACAGUUUUGGAGUGUCAAAGUAUCAAAACAGAAGGAACAUUAGCAGUACUGACAGAGCAUUGAUAAAUGCCUUUAGAGAAAUAAAUACCAUGGCGGAUCGGAUAAACUUGCCAAAGACUAUUGUUGAUAGAGCAAACAAUUUGUUUAAACAGGUACAUGACGGUAAAAACUUGAAAGGCAGAGCAAAUGACGCAAUAGCAUCUGCUUGCCUCUAUAUAGCAUGUCGGCAAGAGGGUGUGCCCCGUACAUUCAAGGAAAUAUGUGCAGUGAGCAAAAUCAGCAAAAAAGAAAUUGGGCGAUGCUUCAAAUUGAUAUUGAAGGCGCUAGAGACAUCUGUGGAUCUUAUUACAACAGCUGAUUUCAUGUCUCGAUUCUGUUCCAACCUUGGACUACCAAACUCUGUUCAACGAGCAGCCACACAUAUUGCAAGAAAAGCUGGGGAACUGGAUAUUGUGUCUGGAAGAAGUCCUAUAUCGGUGGCUGCUGCUGCAAUUUAUAUGGCGUCACAGGCAUCUGAGGACAAACGAAGCCAAAAAGAAAUCGGCGACAUAGCUGGUGUGGCAGACGUAACUAUAAGACAGUCUUACAAGCUUAUGUAUCCUUACGCAAGUAAAUUAUUCCCAGAUGACUUCAAAUUUGCAACACCAAUUGAAUUCCUUCCGCAAAUGUAAUUUUUAAAAAGGUUUGUCGAUGUCUGAAAUUUAUUUUGCAUUUGUAUAAUUCGAUUGCAAUUUUAAAAUGUACGUUUUUGUCUUUGGAGAAUUCAUGUGUGCAUGCAUGUGCGUAAACAACAUGAAAUGAUGAAUAUACCAUAGGGAAUAUAGAGACUUUGACAGGUGUCACAUUUAUGCACAGACUUCACAAUAAUCACUAAUGGAGUAACAUUGUUCCAGUAUGUUUAAUUCUCGUUAAUUGUAUUCGCUUUGCGUUAAGGUUUACAUAACUUGUAGAUAAAAGUAAUUUUGUAUCAGUCUUGGUGAUUAUUAUUAUAUUUAUUUUUUCUUUUUUGUAUAUGGAAAAUGUGGCUAAUAUUAUUUAUUGUAAGA